CGAGAGUUUAGUAAGUUUGAAAACAGUGCGGUGUUGAUGUUUGUGAGAAUUAUGUGAGACUUGAAUUGUUGUGCUCGCUUUGUAAGAAUUUAAAUUAUGGAGAAUCUGAAAAGGCCUACAAGAGAAGAAACUGAUGAAGAUUUAAUUCAACAACAAGAGCUAUUUUUAAAGAAUAAAAGUAAACCUAUUGUAAAUGUUGCCAGGAAGUACAAACAGGAAAGUUUUCAACAAAAACAAAGUGCUCAGGAUCCAGUUACUACAGAAGAAGAUAAUUUAGUGAUUCAGGAGAAAGAUGUAGUUUUUGAUGUAAUGGAACGAGAUAUAUCUCUCUUGAAGCCAUUUACUUUUGAAACUCCUGUUGAUCCAUCUAUUUCAGUAGAUGAUCUAAUGAAUAAAAAGUUUAAAGGAAAAAAGUCCCAAAGUGUAUUUGCUCAGUUAUUGGAGAAAAAGAAGGAAGAACAUAAAAAAAAUGAAGCUUUAAAUGAAUCAUCUAGCAUUCUUUUGGAUGGGAGUGGCCUUUUGAGCGACAGACCAGAACUUGAAAUAGAAAACAUUCACAAGGAAAAUCUUGCCAAAAUUUCUAGUAUGUCCCAAGAAGAAAUCUUAUAUCAUCAAAAUCAGCUUAAGAAACAUUUAGAUCCUAAUAUUAUAAAAUUUAUACAGAAUAAAAGAAAUUAUCAAAAAACAGCUUCUUCUGCAGAGAUAAGAAACAAGAAAGCUGUUACUUCUCCAUUAACAAAUUUGACAACAAACAAUGAUUUUGAAGAUGGUGAUCAGUCAUCUGGUGAGGUUCUAAGAAAAGAAGGCAAAAGUGAAUGUGAUGCUCUUAUUCUUGAAAGAGCUAUGGAAUUUGAAGUAAAUUAUAAUCAAAAGGAAUUACAUGCUCCUGUAGUUGAAGCCAAACAUAAAGAUUUAGAAAUUCCAGUAGAAGCAAAGAAAUUGGUGGAAGGCAGUAUUAAAGGGCUAUGGAAAAAUAUGAACAAAAUUGAAAAAGAAAAAUUGGAAUGGAUGUCAGAUUUACCUAAACCGAAUCCUGUUGAUUUGAAGACUGGUUUCACAGCUCGUUUUGAUUUUGAAGGAAAAUUACUUGCUCGUGAUUUAGAGACACCUACUUAUAAAGGUCUGCAUCAUCAUGGAAGUGAACCUGAAGUUGCUGGAUAUUCACUUGAAGAAUUGUUUCUUUUAGCUCGGAGUACCAUGCAGUCACAAAGAAUUACUGCUUUACAUACAAUUGCACAUAUUCUAGAUAAUUAUUGGUAUGGAAUGAUGGAUGGUUGUUUUGAUAAUCCUUUAUUACCAUCAAUACUUGAAGCUGGAAUAGUCCCAUUACUAAGAUGGGCUCUUGAUGAUACCUCAAUUACAAGCAUAGCAGCUACUAUUACAGCUAUCCACAGUCUUUUAAUUUGUAAAUCUGAUGAGCUAUGCUUGCAAAGAUCUUUCUGUUGGUUGAAUGGACAUUUAAUGCCUCAGCUUGAAUCUCAAGAUUUAAUGGAAUCUAAUGUUGUAAUUGAAGAAUUAACUGAUGCUGAUUUAAUUAAACUUGAUGUCAUUAAGGCAUUCCUCCGCAUGGAUAUUCUUCCCAGAUUCUUUUACAUUCUCCAAGUGAUGCAACCUCCUCCUCUUGUUUGCAAACUCAUCAUUGAAAUUUGUGCUCAUUUAGCUCAACAUUCUGUUGAAUCUGCCAAACAAGUCACCAGUCAUUCCAGAUUGAUAAAUUUGCUGUUUGAGAAAUUUUUGCCUCUAAAUUGGCAUUUUGUUGAUUGUAGCAAACUUACUGAUACAGUUAACUUUAGUUACCCAAUGCCUUCAGCAAUGAAACUCAUGCGAAUCAUAGUUUCUUCAAGCCAAGAACUUGCAGUUCACUUAAUUGAAAACCAUGAUUUAAUUUCUAACAUAAUAUUAUAUUUGACUUUACAACCAAAUGAUGGAAAAGUCACUCUUCAAGAUAUUCAGGAGAUAAUGAUUGAAUCACUUAAAACUUUUCAUAUUUUAUUAUCCUAUGGUCUGGCAUAUGACAUAUUUUUAGAACUUUUUCCCAUAUUUUUAAAGCAGAUGGAAUUUUGUUUAAGUCUUGAUUUAAAUUUUGAAAGAAGUAGCCAUAUGCGAGACUUUGAAUAUGCCUCCCAUCUUUUUAAAGUUUUAGAAGCUGUUGCUAUAGCUUCUUCAAAAUAUGAAAGUGAUUCAUCAUAUGCAGCUAUGAAUGCUAUUUUUAACAAAUCUCUGGUCUGUCUUAAGAAGUGGCUUUGGCAAUUUCCUCAAGACAGAUAUAAUGAUCAUGGAAUGUUGCUGCUUUCUACUUGUAUGAAUUUCAUUUCUACAUGCUAUGAGAAAUUACAUAAUGAGUUAAUAUGUAAAGCUUGGAAACCUUGUUCAGAAACAAAAGAGGUUUUUAAUUCUUACUUACUUCCCUGUAUUAAAUCUAAAAUGUUUAAAAGAUUACUUGAAAAUUUAAGGUCUUGUUCUAUACUUUUGAAUUCAAGUCAAUCUGGCAAUAAACGUGAUAGCAAAACUCUUAUAUCGUUAGGAAGUAUAUUAUGGAAAGAGGAUGUUGUUCCUGUGCUCAAAGAGGAUUCUUCCAUACCAUUGCUCUUAGCUGUACUGAGGUUAUGUAUUUUACAGAAGCAACAUUUUAGUGAUACUAAUAAUCAGUUCCUUGAAGAAUUACUUCUGGAUAAAAAUAUUUUAGUAUAUCUUGAAAGCUUAGCCUCAGAAAAGUUGAAUGCAUUGAAUUGGUUUGCUAAAUAUGAAAAGCAUUUAAUUGCUCUGAUUUUAAAGUUGGCAUCUCUUGUGACACCAAGAGAAGCUUCAUUCUGGUAUAAAACUGCUACAUCAAUUAUACCAAUUUUUAGAACUCCUGAAGAAGGUCUUGUUGAGGAUUUAUUUGAAAGCAUCAUAUUUAAUCCAGUUUUUAUAGUUUCUUCUGAUAAAGAAAUCUGCAAGGAUACCUUGUGUAGACUUCCAGUCAUAGCCAAGUCAUAUAUUUUGUGUUUAUUAGAGCCUGAUGCAUUAUUGCAUUCCAGGCAUAUUUUAUCUGGAAACACUGAUGUUAAUACAGUUUCUUUUUUGUGCAAAACUCCUUUUCUGUUAUCAUUUGAUUGGUCCUAUAAACCCAUUGCAGAACAGUAUUACAAUUUUACUAAGAGCAAUAGAAAGCCAAUAUCUGAGGUCAGUUUACAGCUAACAAGUAGUUUACAGUGGAUACAUAUGUGCCAUGAUCUGCAAUUGCCUCUUGUCAAAGAUAUUCCUGGUGCUGUUGAUUUCAUGUAUUUCUGUAUGGUAUUUUUAUUAGAUGAAGAUUUUUUCCGUGAUUCAAAUGUUCAAAACCUUUUGAAAGAUUCUUUAAUAUCAUUAUUAAAAUACAAGAGCAUAUCUUUAGAAAAGGUUGAUUGGCCAAAUAUGAAGUCUUUUGAUGAUCUGUAUCUUGAGAUGUUGAAUCAGUAUGAAGCUGUUUCAUAUGGUGAUCAGCUUUUUGGGAAUUUUGUUCUGUUUCCUCUCCAACAAAGCUAUCCUUCCAGAUGGAAAAGAUUACUUUUAACAGAUCAUUGUCAAGUAGUUCAAUUUCUAAGAAUGCCUAUUUCUAAGCUUUUAAUACCUUUGCAAAAAUUUUUGGAACCGAAUGAAACAGAAGUUGAUAUCAUCUUGGAAUACAGCAAAGUUUUAUUAUCAGGUACUUUGAAUCCUACGAGAUGUCCUGUUCUGUAUUUAAUGGCUGUCCAUCACAUAAAUCAUUUCUUAUUUGCCAGAGAAAAUGAAGUAGCUAAAUCACAGAAAAAAUUAUUAUUGAUUAUUUUGCAAUCUAAAAACAAAAAAAUCCAGCAUCAAAUUUUACUUUAUUCUGGUGCUAAUACUAGUUUUGAAUGUGGUUUUUCUGUCAAAGAAAAUCUUUCACAUGAAGAUCAAGAGCAUUUCAGUGGUAUAAUUGGUCAUCCUGUAAAUAUAUGAUACUUGUAUGCCAAUCAUAUUUUAUGAAAACAUCUGUGAUAUCAUACAUGCAAAAUGUAUAUUGUAAUAAGAUUGCAUCUGUUAUUCAUCAAAACUGUAAAUGGUAUUUCAUAUAUUAAAAAUUCUCACAGGAAA